UCCCCCGUUGCCACGGCUUCUGUGAAGUUGUUGUCAUCACAAAGACACGCCCUGCCCCUUUCUUUGGCUACCACAAAAACCAACCUCAACCCCUAGCCCAGCUGCAGCACACCAGCAGCUGCAACUCCCAUACGCAUUGCAAGUCCCGUCCAUCUCAUCCACGGAUCGACCGACGCACGCGUAACGCAACAUGGCAUCCACGACCGCAUCGCGAAAACCUUCGCUGAGCAACGUCAAUCGGCGCUCACAGCCUCCCUCCGCCGGCCGCCAGUCUCCCGCAGCAUCCGCCGGCCGUCAGUCUCCUGCGCCGUCGUUGGCGGGCUCGCCGAUCCAGAACGCAACCGGUAUGUCGCGUCGCAACACGAUCCGCGAAGGCGGACACCGGCCCACAAGCAGUGUCGGCUCCAACCUCGGAUCGCCCCUGAGUGCGCGCUCUGCCGUUAGGGGGCGACCCCUGUCGAACGACGACACGGAGCUCGAGAACGCCGCCAUCUUGGAGGACCUCCGGACCAGGCUGUCGAAGAGCGAGUCUGCUGCUGAGGUCGCGGCUGCUCAGUACGCGCUGCAGAUGAAGGCGCUGCAGCAGAGGCUUGACGAGACUCAGGCCGAUUAUGCCCGGAUCGAGGAACAGAUGCACUCCAAGGACGAGAGUGCAGAGACCUUGGAAAUGCAGAUCAAGGAUCUGACACGGAGCAAAAGGGAUCAGGAGAAUAUCUACGAGGCCGAGAGGAUCGCAGCUCAACAGGAGAAGGAGGAGCUUCUGGAUCGAGAGGAGGAGCUCAACACGAUCAUCCAGAGACUCAAAGAUUCGCUGACACAGCGGCAAGGUACGCCGGACAAGGAGCGAAACUCGGAUUCGAACAACGGUGAUGAUUCGGUGCCCUUUGCGCCCUCAACGCCCUCGGCGGUUCCCCAGAACAUCCUGCUCUUGCAGAAGGAUAAGCUCAUUGAAUCACUACGGCUCGAACUCGCCGAGGCUCAGAUCCGGCUCGCCGAAGCCGACCACAUGGGAGGUACCAAGCUGCACCAACUCGAGCAGCAGCUCUUGGAGGUUCGCAUGACCAACGCACGCCUCAUGGAGGACAACGAGAGCUUCCAGCUGCUCCUGUCUUCGGCGGCGCUGAAUGGCGAUUUCCCUCGUGGCGAUUACCUGUCGAACGCCUUCUCCGACCCCGAGCCAGAAGUCGACGUUAGGGAAGCCGUCAAGAAGGUCCCGGGGUCCCCUAGGAGGAACUCACUCGGAUUGAACCUCGCCGAAGAGCUCGGAGACGCCGAGACCGAGAUUGAAGACGAUAAGGAGAAGGAGGACGCUGAACGGAUUAGGAAACUGGAGGGCGAACUCAAGACUCUUCGGGACACGAACAAGGCCAUGUCUCUCUACAUCAGCGGCAUCAUCGAGCGUAUCCUGCAGAGCAAGGACUCGGAGGCGAUCUUGGACAAGACCACUGCCUUCAGCUCGAGCUCGUCGAUCGCUUCUGCCGACACCGGGAAGCCGCUGCCGCCACAGCCCGUGGAGGAGAUGCGCACUGGUAUCCUGCAGAGGACCAAGUCCCUCGCUCAACGCAAGGCGCCGCCGCCAUUCAGGCCCGAGAACAUGGCCGGUCUGCAGAGGUCGCAAUCUCACCGUUCGCCGACCGGACGUGGACACGCGCGUUCCAAGUCUGAUGCAGGAAAUGGCGGAUCCGUCGUUAACCACCUCUACCGCGGAGAAGGCAUGAUUACACCGCGUGCGAGCACCUUUUACGGUGGAUCUACGGGAGACCACUACACGCGUAGCACCAGGACGAGAGACAGUAGCGCUUCGGUGGACUCGGGCGUGUCGGAUACCGACGCGUCGUCCAUCUCCUCUCCCCCAUCAUCCCACCCGUCCACUCCCAUCAUUGCGGGCAAUAAGCUUAGGCCGCUUACCCUUGUUCAAAAGAACGUGAGCAACGGAAUGAUGAGUCCUCCGCUGGGCCGCAAGAUCUCGGGAGACUACAUGGAUGGCGAUGAUGGCCGGUUCGAAAGACGAUCGAGCAAACGUUCAAGCUGGAUGGGUAAUUGGUUCAACCGCGCCAAGGAAGAUGGCCUUGCCAUGCCCGUGGCGGAGAGCGUCGUGUUUGAGGGCAAGGAUGUCGAAUAAGCACGCUCUCCUUACUCGAGCCUGAGAUGUCCUUCUGUCCGCGUUUUUUUCUUUCAUGCUACCCGGUGGACACUUUGACUUUGACGUUGGCACCACUCG